UUCCUUCCUUCCUUCCUUCCUUCCUUCCUUCCUUCUCUCUCCUCUCUUCUAGCCUUCCUGGGCCCCUGCUGCAGCCGAAGGGGCCGGGGAUGCUCUCCUGCUGGGCUCCGGAGGGCCCUGGGCCCCUGUGACCCCUUUCUCCGGCUGGGGCUCCGGGGGGGAGCGGGGCCCAUGCGGCGGAGAGAUGGACCCCCGGCGGCUCCCGCUCGGCCUCCGCGCCGCCCUCCUCCUCCUCUGCUGCUGCUGCCUCCAGGGCGCCAGCCUCGCCCUCGCCGCCGACCCAGACAGUCCCUCUGCUCCGGUCAAUGUCUCGGUCAAGCUCCUGAAUGCCAACUCAGCCGUUGUGACUUGGGACGUCUUAGAAGAAGAAGUGGUCAUUGGAUUCGCCAUCUCCCAACAGAAGAAGGACGUGCGAAUGCUGCGCUUCAUCCAGGAGGUGAACACUACGACCCGGUCAUGCUCCCUCUGGGACCUGGAGGAGGACACCGAGUACAUUGUCCAUGUCCAGUCCAUCAGCAUCCAAGGCCAGAGUCCGGCCAGCGAGCCUUUCGUCUUCAAGACCCCUCGGGAAGCUGAGAAACUGGCUUCCAAAAACAAAGACGAGGUGACAAUGAAGGAGAUGGGAGAGAAAAACCAGCAACUGCGAGCCGGCGAGAUCCUCAUCAUAGUCGUGGUCUUGUUCAUGUGGGCAGGGGUGAUUGCCCUGUUCUGCAGGCAAUACGACAUUAUCAAGGACAACGAACCCAACAACAACAAGGAGAAAGCCAAGAGCACGUCUGAAAACAGCACCCCUGAACAUCAGAGUGGGGGUCUCCUGCGUAGCAAGUUCCCCAAAAACAAGCCCUCGGUGAAUAUCAUUGAAGCAUGACAGCCUGAUGGAUUGAUUCCAUUCUCUUUCGCGCUCCCUGCUUUUCCCUCCAAGAUGUGGCCACCGGGGAGUUGAAAAUGUCGCCGGGGUUGUCGAGAAACCUCCACUUGGUUCAGCCAGAGAGACUUCGGGUGCCAGCCGCUUCCAUCUUUCGAGGGGAAGGGAAGUUCCCCCCAAAAAGGAAGAAUCAACCCAGCGAAGCCAACCCAACUUGGACAGGCAGAAACUCUUAUGAUAUGGACCAAUACUGUAUAUUCAAAACAGCCUAGGGAGAGAAUGGGACGAAGCAUCCCUUGGAUGGCUGGAGGACCAGUUUUGGACUUGCUGAACUCGCCUGUGCCAUAAACGCCAACCAACUGGGCCUAGUAGCAGUGCCAUCUGUCACCUUGACUGUCUACGUCUCUCUGUCUUCGUCCUACGAUAUACGUCUCUUGGGAAAUGUUUUCUCUGGUUGCCGAUUUUGCUUUCCGGUUUUCUAAAAGUAGGAGAUGCUUAACUUCGAUUCCAGAUCCAUGUGGCAUCCAUCGCUCCUUUUUUGCGGCAAUGCCCCAGGGAAACCUUCUCUCCGCCGGAGACAAAGGACGUCGGCCCUAAAUUCUCGGCUGGAAGAGGUUUGCAGGCGUUGCGGUGCCGUUUCUUAAAAACACGCCACACACAACAAGCACAUGACAUUUGCCACCUGGGUUCUCAGGACUCCACUAGCUGCUUUAUUAUAGGUUAUUUUGAGCAGUUGUGAGUUUCUUCUUUCUGGUGUAUAUUGUGUGUGGUACCUUCUAUUGGAUAAUCAACAGAGAAUGCAAAAAAAUAAUCGUCGUAAUGAAACUGAAACCAAGCCCAAAAACCAUCUUCCAGGGUUGCAAAGCUGCAAGACCUGAUCAAAAUCUAAGCAUCUGUUUUUCAAUCUCUCUCUCACACACACACUGCAAAAUUGUAUGUGUUUUAUACCAGUUUGCCUGCCUGCUGUGGCUCCUCUCACAAAGUCCUGGGAACUGUAGUUUAAUGAAGUGAUGAAACUUUGUACAGAUCUCGAAAGAACCUUGCUGGUGUGAUUAUUGCAGCUUUCACCCAAGAUAACCACCUCUUAGGUGACAAAUCCUAUCAUCCCAGUUGACCAUGCUGGCUGGGGAUGAUGGCAGUUGUAGGCCAACAUGUUUAGAGAGGGUCAGAUGGAGAAGGGACUGGCCUACCUAGCUUGUCCUGGGGAUCCUCUUUGAUGAUAGUGAAGCAUCCUUCUGCGGAAGAUCUGUGAUAGGAUGGCAGAGAUGCCAGCAGGAUGGUGGGUAUGCAGGGAGCUUUACUGGUGUGCCUAGUGUUGGUCCUUUGAGCUGGGCAAGAGUCAUUUGGCCCAUUGUGCAGCAAGGAGGAAACCACUGUGAAAAGAGGCACUGUGCUCAAGGCCUCUUUACAGGGUUGUUGUGCCACGCGUUGGAAGUAAAUGAAUCCAAGCAAUGUGGUAACUAGUUACUUUUGGGCACGCAGGGCAUUACAAGAGCAGACUGAAGUUACAUCUCAAAAGUAUUGCAAUGUGUAAUCUUGGAAAGUUAGUUUAUCAAUGUAAUGGGUAGUGGCUUUGGGUAAUGUGAAGUCGAAGGCUUUCAUGGCCAGCAUCCAUAGUUUUUUGUGGGUUUUUCAAGCUGUGUGGCCGUGU